CAUUUUCUUCUUUUCCCCUUAUUAGAUAAAACUUGUGAAACCCUAAAAGCUAAUCCAUUUUAGAAACUAGACUUUUGGAGUACUAGUGAUGGCGAUAAAAGAGCGAUCACUAGAGGAGACACCAACAUGGGCUAUCGCUGUUGUUUGCUUCGUUCUUCUUUUCAUUUCCAUCUUGAUCGAAUAUUUCUUGCACUUUAUUAGUCACUGGUUUAAAAAGAAGCACAAGAAAGCUUUAAAUGAAGCUCUUGAAAAGGUUAAAGCAGAAUUGAUGCUACUGGGAUUCAUCUCGCUUCUAUUGGUGGUAUUGCAAGAUCCAGUCUCUCAAAUUUGCAUUCCAAAAACAGUUGCUAAAACUUGGCAUCCUUGUAGCCACGAACAAGAAAUCGCUAAAUACGGUAAAGAUUAUGUCGACGAUGGCCGCAAAAUUCUUGAAGACUUUGACUCCACCGACUUUUAUAGUCCUCGCCGAAGUUUAGCCACCAAGGGUUAUGACAAAUGCGCAGCGAAAGGGAAAGUAGCAUUAGUAUCUGCUUAUGGUAUCCACCAGCUGCAUAUAUUCAUCUUUGUGCUCGCUGUUUUUCAUGUUCUCUACUGCAUUAUAACCUAUGCUUUGGGGAAGACUAAGAUGAAGAAAUGGAAGUCAUGGGAGAGAGAGACCAAAACAAUUGAGUACCAAUAUGCCAAUGAUCCAGAGAGGUUCAGAUUUGCAAGAGACACAUCGUUCGGACGUAGACAUUUGAACAUUUGGAGCAAGUCUUCCUUUACCCUCUGGAUUACAUGUUUCUUCAGACAGUUCUUUGGAUCAGUGACAAAAGUGGAUUAUCUCACACUAAGACAUGGCUUUAUUAUGGCGCAUUUGCCGGCAGGAAGUGCAGCUCGUUUCGAUUUCCAAAAAUACAUUCAAAGAUCUUUGGAAGAAGAUUUCAAGGUGGUUGUGGGUAUAAGUCCACUGAUAUGGUGCAUUGCUGUCUUAUUCUUAUUGACCAAUACACAUGGAUGGAAUUCAUAUCUUUGGCUGCCCUUCAUCCCCUUGCUUGUGAUAUUGGUAGUAGGAGCAAAACUUCAAAUGAUUAUAUCCAAGUUAGGAUUAAGGAUUCAAGAUAAAGGAGAUGUGGUUAAAGGAGCCCCUGUGGUUGAACCGGGUGAUGAUCUCUUUUGGUUUGGUCGGCCUCGUUUCAUUCUCUUCCUCAUUCACUUGGUUCUUUUCACGAAUGCAUUUCAACUGGCUUUCUUCGUUUGGAGCACUUACGAGUUCACACUCAGAAACUGCUUCCAUCACAAAACCGAAGAUAUUGCAAUUAGGAUCAGCAUGGGGGUAUUAAUACAAGUUCUAUGCAGCUACAUCACUCUACCUCUAUAUGCUCUUGUUACUCAGAUGGGAACUACAAUGAGGCCGACCAUAUUCAACGAUAGGGUAGCCAAUGCAUUGAAGAAAUGGCACCACACGGCCAAGAAACAGACGAAACAUGGACACUCGGGAUCUAACACACCUCAGUCGAGCCGCCCUACUACGCCAACACAUGGCAUGUCACCGGUGCAUCUCCUCCACAACUAUAAUCACCGCAGCCUGGACCAACAAACCAGCUUUACUGCCUCUCCUUCUCCUCCUAGAUUCUCUGAUUUUAGCGGCCAUGGCCAUGGCCAUCAUCAUUUCUUCGACCCUGAAUCACAGAAUCACUCUUACCAGCGUGAGAUCACAGAUUCUGAAUUCAGCAAUAGUCAUCAACCCCAAGCUGACGUUGCAAGUCCUGUUAGAGAAGAGAUGCAGAUUGUUGAACACGUCAAGGUUGAUAUGCCUGAAUUUACGUUCAAGAAGUAAUAGGAACCUCACUAUACUUUUUAACAUGCGCCUGUUCAUUCUUUGUAAAUGAUAUAAUCUUGAGAAUGAACACUUCUCUUAUUUCUUUGUCUUUUCUUUUUUUCUGUAAUGAUUUUUUGCUGUAAGUUCCAAGGUCAAAACGUUUAUGAUGCAUUAUAUCAUCAUACUAGUAAACAGAUUUUUCAUCUAGUUAA